AUGACAGACGCUCCUGAGACACUGAGCGGGACAGAGUGUAAUGGGGACAGACCACCUGAUAAUGACCAACAGCACAUCAGUCAAACCAGCAAGGACGCAGCUGACGCAGGUGGGACCCAGACAUAUUACAGUGCUGAAGCCAGUCUUGAAGAUUUGCCUACAAGAGGAAGUCAAGAAGAAAGUGGCAACAGUAAAGGAGGCAUACUACCCGAAGAGCCUGCGGGUGAGAAGAGUCUCCGAGAAAACUCAGAAGAGAACCUCUUUGUCAUUCACAAGGCCAUCAAAGAUCUUUCUCUCCAAGAAGCAAGUGCUGAGGACAUGGCAUUCAGAGAAGGGCAUCCGUGGAAGAAGAUUCCUCUGAGCAGCAGUGACCUAGAGAUGAAUACACAGAAGGAAAGGAUUGCCCACCAACCUCUAGAGCACCGAGAAGAUGACAGUACAACCUACCGGGCAACAGAAAUAGAGUGGUUGGGGUUCCAGAAAUCUACUCCAGUUGACAUAUUGCAUUCUAAGUGUGAUGAGGAACCAGAAGUUUGGAAUGAAGAAAUUAAUGAGGAAGACGUCGACGACUGCAAUGAUGAUGAAGAUGAAGUUCGAGUAAUAGAAUUUAAGAGAAAUCACAGCGACGGUUCUCAAUUAAAAGGAGAAAACCAUGCAAGGGAAGACUCCCCGCUAAGCAGUCCCAGCUCCCAGCCAGGGACCCCCGACGAGCAGCCCGUGUUGGGAAAGAAGGGAGAUAUCUCCAGGAAUGCUUAUUCCAGAUACAAUACGAUAUCCUAUCGGAAAAUCAGGAAAGGGAACACCAAACAGAGAAUCGAUGAAUUUGAGUCGAUGAUGCACUUAUAA